GCCGCUCGGGGAGUGAUGAGCACCCGAAGGAAAGGGAGAGGAGAGAGAGAGAGAGAGAGCAGGAGAUUGGGAAUCAGGAAUCGCAGUCCCAGUGCCCAGUCCUGCUCCGCCGGGGGUGGGAGCCGCACCCGCAGGAAAAAUUGGAUCCACUGCUCCCGGUGUUUCCCGGGCUUUGGGCCGAACCCAGCGGGUUCCGGGCACAGUUUGAGCGCAGGGCCCGGGAGUUCAGCACAGCCCGGCCCGGGGGUCCCGCGGUGCGUGGCCCUGCAGGGUCCCAGAUGGAUCCCUGAGGGAUCUGGAGGGGUUCCAGGAAGGGAUUCAGUUCUCCACUCCCUGCGUUACCUGCAAGUGGCAGUUUCAGAGCCCAGCCCGGGGGUCCCCCAGUUCAUGUCCACUGGGUUUGUGGAUGGGAUCCCCUUUGUGCGCUACGACAGCGAGCGGGGCCGGGCGGAGCCGCUGACGCAGUGGAUGAAGGAGGGAGCAGAGCCAGGAUAUUGGGAUAGGGAGACCCAGAUCAAUGAGAGGAACCAGCACAUGGAUAUUGUGAGCCUGGAGACUCUGCGGGACCGGUACAACCAGAGCAGGGGUCUCCACACCAUGCAACGUCUUGCUGGCUGUGACCUCCUGUCCGACGGGAGCGUCCGUGGAUCCUACCGGGAUGGCUACGACGGGCGGGAUUUCCUCUCCUUCGAGCUGGGAUCCGGGAGAUUCGUGGCUGCCGACAGCGCUGCUGAGAUCACCAGGAGGCACUGGGAACAUGAAGGGAACGAGGCUGAGAGGUGGACAAAUUAUCUGAAGCACGAGUGCCCAGAAUGGCUCUGGAAAUACGUUGGAUACGGGAAGAAGGAGCUGGAGCGCAAAGAGCCCCCUGAUGUCCACGUGUCCGGAAAGGAGGAACAUGGGACACUGAUCUUGUCCUGCCACGCGUACGGAUUCUAUCCCAACACCAUCGUAGUCAACUGGAUGAAGGGGGAUGAAAUCUGGGAUCAGGAGACGGAGUGGGGCGGGAUUGUUCCCAACAGCGACGGCACUUUCCACACCUGGGCCAGGAUCGAGGCGCUGCUGGAGGAGCGGGAGCAGUACUGGUGCCGGGUGGAGCAUCCCGGAAUGCUGGAGCCCAGGAUCUUUGCCUGGGAGCCAACAUCUGGCAGGAAUUUCACCGUGGUGGUCGCUGUGUCUGCCAUCGCUGCCAUCCUCAUCUUCACCUUCCUCAUUGAUUUCAUCGUCUGGAUGCUCCAAUCUGGUUGGAGGGACAGGAAUGGAUACAACAUGGCAGCCAGAAGAGAUGUGGGAACCAACGGUUCAAUCACAGCAGGAAUCACCGUCUGAGCAAUCCACAGAGCUGGAUCAGCCCCUUUCCUCUUCCCAGAAAAGCUGAGAGCUGCCGGCAGAGCUCAUCCCACUGCUCCCACCCACCCCACUGCUCUUGCUAACGGAUCAAUUUCCUGUUUUCCAAUGUAUUCAAAAAGAUAUUCCCAAUGCUUUAGUUCUGGUGUGAAAUUAUCCUGCUUUGGGCAAUAAAUCCUGGUUGGGGCGAGGUAGGGUUUAGGGUUGUAAUUGUAAAAGUGUUUAAGGCUUAUUCUCAGCAGAAGGCCCUGCGGGAAAGGCACAGCUGCAGGCUGGAGGGUUGGAAGGGGUGAGAGGCAGUGAGGAGUGAGGAGAGAUCAGCUGGGUGAUGGCUGGAAGUGAGAUUGUGAUUGGCUGGAGGGAUGCAUGGACAGAGUAUUGGCAGAACGAUGACUGGCUGGAGGGAUGGGUGGACAGCGUAUAAGCAGGAUGGUGAUUGGCUGGAGGGAUGCGUGGAAAGCGUAUGAGCAGAACAGUGAUUGGCUGGAGGGACGCAUGGACAGCAGCACGGUAGCUGGGCCAGCCAAUGGGUGCCUUCUUUCUGUUGAGUUAUGCUAGGUCUUGGUUUGGUUUCAGUUAUGUCGGGUAGAGAUUAAAGGUGUAAAAAGA